GACGAACCGGCGAUACUUUGUCAAAAGUUUCUAAGACCGUCAAAAAGAAGCGAUAAAUAUGCCAAUUUCGCCGGUGCUGAAGUCCUCGGCGGAAGAUGGGCUUCAGAAGUACAGCGUGCUGCCGCCGAUCCAGCUCGGUAACGCGGCCGCAGAGGGCUCCGCCGGGCCCGGGCAGAGGGAGGACGCGGCCGCCGUGCGGAGGAGGCUCCUGGCGCACAGACCGAGCAAAUACCGGCAGCAGCAGCUGCAGAAGAGAAUGGUGGGCACAGCAAUGAAGGCUUUCAAGCAGGAAAAGGAUGAAAAAGCUGACAGAAUUCCUCCGUCCCCUGAGCCCGAAUUUCCCAGCACAAUGUGCAGUGAAGAAAGAAAACGAAGAGCGAACCUGGCCUUCCUGAGGGAGUGUGUGGAGCGGAGCCCCAUGGUGCCCAUCCAGCAGGCAUGUCUGGACUCCAUGCUGGCCCGCGUGCCGCUGCACCUGCAACAGGGACCUGGCAGGAAGGAGCUGCUGGAGGAGCUGUGCAUGGAGGUCAGGCUGGACUUCCACAGCAGCAUGGUCACACACACAGUGAGCACUGUGCUCCAGGAACCCCAAGGCCAGGAGGUGGAACCCCCAAAAUCAUAUACAGAACAAGGCUUGGAUUUCUCCAGACCGUGGCGGGAAAACUUUGUGAAGAAUCGCAGGAAAAUGGAGGAGCGCUUGCACAUUCUGCAUCCGGUCAUGAAAACGCUGCUGGACCUCUGCUACAGCACAUUCUCUGGCCUUCUGCUGGCGGACCUCUCUGACUGCAGGUCCUCAGGAGUUGUGGAGUGUGACAGUCUGAGGAAUAAGACCGCAGUGGAGUGUGAGCGGAUGGAGGAGAAACUGAUGAACACCUGGUUCCCCAAAGUCAUCCACCUGCUGACCAAUAAGGAGCUGCAGCGGGGUGUCAGAGCGGAGAAGCUCGACUCCUUCUACAACUGUGCCUCCACGCUCCUCUCCAAUCAGCUGAAGGCCUUGGUGACCCGCAGUGUGGAGGACUUCGUCAGCCUGUUUCUACCUGACAGAGCCUUCCAGCUGCCCCUCUUCAGGAUGGACCUCACCUUCGAUGACGAGAAGAUGGAGUUCUACCCCACCUUUCAGGACCUGGAGGAGUGUGUGCUGGAGACCAUGACCUUGAUCUCCAAAACCAUGCAGAAGGUGCAGACGGUGCAGUCGUGGCUGGCGGAGGGGCCGAAGACGAUGGUGGACGCGACGGUGGCGGAGCACGCGUGGACCCGGGCGCAGGAGUCCCUGAGGACCGCAAUCCGAAAGAACCUGGAGGGGCCCGACCGGCACUUCCAGAACUACGUGGAGAGCUAUGAUUGGCUGGUGACCGGGACAGCGCAGGAGCGGGUGCAGGCCUUCAUGGCGGAGGAGCACUCCUUUGAUGAGUACAUUGAGGUGGUUCAGGAGUUCCGCUCUCUCUCUCGGGAGAUUGUCAGCCUGCCCACUGUGGCUCAUUUCCCCAUGGUGCGGCUGGACUGUGAGGAGCUGAAGCAGGGACUGGCCAAGAAGGCCCUGAGCUACGCCCACACCCUGCUGGAGCAGCUGGUGGCCCGCCACCGCGAGGACAACGAGCGGGCGUGUGAACAAUUUGAGGCCAUCAAGCUGAAGGUGCUGAAGGAGCCGGAGACCACACUGGAGAUGACCGAGAUGGCCGCUUAUGUCAGCCACGCCCGGACCGAGGGCAUGCAGGAGCUCCAGGCCAAAAUAAGGGAGACCCAGCGCAGACUGAACAUCCUGCUGGACCUGCACAUAUUCAGCACUGAGGAUCUGGAGCUCAACGCCACCGUACUGCUGUGGCCCAGCAACAUGGACCCGGUGUUCACCCUCAGCGACCAGGUGCUAGAGACAGCCAAGCUGAAGGGAGAGGAGGAGCUGCUGGGCCGCAGAGACAGGCUGGCGUCUGAGCUGGAGAAGCUGGGAAACAGGCUGGAGGAGUUUGCAGAGUACAGCGAGCUGGAGAUGAUGCCCCAGUAUGUGAACGAUGUGAAGGCUCUGCAGAGACGGCUGCAGGAGGCAGAGGACUCCAUCGCCUUCAUCAACAGGGAGGAGCAGCUGUACGAGUGGGACCAGACCUCCUACCCUGCCGUGGAGACCAUCCGGGAGCGCAUCGAGCCCUACCAGAAGCUCUUUGCCCUGGUGCUGAAGUGGCAGCGUGCCGAGAAGAAGUGGAUGGACGGCUCCUUCCUGGACCUGAACGGAGAGAGCAUGGAGGUGGAGGUGGACGAGUUCUUCAGGGAGGUCUACAAGAUGCUCAAGUUCUUCAAGCAGAGGCAGAAGAAGGCGGAGCAGGAGAGGGAGGUCAAGCGGCGGCCGGGAGAGGAGGAGGAAGACAGCCCGUCUGUCCUCAUCUGCUCCAGAGUCCUGGACCACGUCAAGGACUUCAAGGAACACGUUCCCACAGUGUGCACGCUCUGUAACCCGGGCAUGCGGCCGCGGCACUGGGAGCAGAUAUCGGACAUCAUGGGGUACGACAUGACGCCCGACUCGGGCACCACCCUGCGCAAGGUGCUGAAACAGAACCUCACCCCCCACCUGGAGCAGUUUGAGGCCAUCAGCGCCGGCGCCAGCAAGGAGUUCUCUCUGGAGAAGGCCAUGCAGACCAUGGUGGAGAUGUGGGACAGCGUGUCCUUCCACCACCACCCCUACCGCGAGACGGGCAUCUCCAUCCUGACGGCCGUGGACGAGAUCCAGACCAUGCUGGACGACCAGAUCGUGAAGACCCAGACCAUGCGGGGCUCCCCCUUCAUCAAGCCCUUCGAGACCCAGAUCAGGGUGUGGGAGGAGCGUUUGGUGCGGAUUCAGGACACCAUUGAGGAGUGGCUGAAGGUGCAGGCGCAGUGGCUGUACCUGGAGCCCAUCUUCUCCUCGGAGGACAUCAUGCAGCAGAUGCCGGAGGAGGGCCGGCUCUUCCAGACCGUCUGCUCACACUGGAAGGAGGUCAUGAAGCACUGCGUCAAGGACCCCAAGGUGCUGCCGGCGACCUCGCUGCCCGGCCUGCUGGAGAAACUGCAGGAUUCCAACAACCUGCUGGAUAAAAUCAUGAAGGGACUGAAUGCUUACCUGGAGAAGAAACGCCUGUUUUUCCCCAGGUUUUUCUUUCUGUCGAAUGACGAGAUGCUGGAGAUUCUGUCGGAGACGAAGGACCCCCUGCGGGUGCAGCCGCAUCUGAAGAAAUGCUUCGAGGGCAUCGCCAAGCUGGACUUCCUGCCCAACCUGGACAUCCAGGCAAUGUACAGCAGCGAGGGCGAGCGGGUCCAGCUGCUGGAGCUCAUCUCCACCUCGGAGGCGCGGGGCGCGGUGGAGAAGUGGCUGGUGCAGGUGGAGGAUGUGAUGCUGAGGAGUGUGCGGGACGAGGUGGCGCGCUCCCGGCUGGCGUACCCGGAGGGAGUGCGGAGCCAGUGGGUGAGGGAGUGGCCGGGGCAGGUGGUGCUGUGCACCUCUCAGAUGUUCUGGACGCUGGAGGUGCAUGAAGCCAUCGGGAGCGGACCAGAGGGUCUGAAGCUGUACUACCAGCAGCUGCAGGAGCAGCUGAAUGACAUCGUGGAGCUGGUGAGGGGAAAGCUUCCCAAACAGACCCGCACCACCCUGGGUGCCCUCGUCACCAUCGACGUGCAUGCCCGAGACGUCGUCAUGGAGAUGAUCGAGAAAGGCGUCUCCCAUGAGACAGACUUCCAGUGGCUGGCUCAGCUGCGAUACUACUGGGACAACGACAACGUGCGUGUCCGCAUCAUCAACUGCGACGUCAAGUAUGCCUACGAGUACCUGGGGAACAGCCCGAGGCUGGUCAUCACCCCGCUGACCGACAGGUGCUACCGCACGCUGAUCGGCGCGUUCUACCUGAGUCUGGGCGGAGCCCCCGAGGGCCCGGCAGGGACCGGGAAGACCGAGACCACUAAAGACCUGGCCAAAGCGCUGGCCGUGCAGUGCGUGGUGUUCAACUGCUCCGAUGGCCUGGACUACCUGGCCAUGGGGAAGUUCUUCAAAGGGUUGGCGUCGUCGGGGGCCUGGGCCUGCUUUGACGAGUUUAACCGGAUCGAGCUGGAGGUGCUGUCGGUGGUGGCACAGCAGAUCCUGUGCAUUCAGAGGGCCAUCGAGAUGAAGCUGGAGCACUUCGACUUCGAGGGCACCGAACUACGCCUCAACCCCAACUGCUUCGUCGCCAUCACCAUGAACCCCGGCUACGCUGGCCGCUCCGAGCUCCCCGACAACCUGAAGGUGCUGUUCCGCACAGUGGCCAUGAUGGUUCCUAACUAUGCCCUGAUCGCAGAGAUCUCCCUGUACUCCUACGGCUUCCUCAAUGCCAAGCCGCUGUCUGUGAAGAUCGUUAUGACCUACAGGCUGUGCUCGGAGCAGCUGUCCUCUCAGUUCCACUACGACUACGGCAUGCGCGCCGUCAAAGCUGUCCUGGUGGCAGCAGGGAACCUCAAACUCAAGUUCCCCGACGAGAACGAGGAUAUUCUUCUUCUUCGCUCCAUCAAGGAUGUGAAUGAGCCCAAGUUCCUGUCUCAUGACAUUCCUCUGUUCAACGGGAUCACAAGUGACCUGUUCCCUGGCAUCUCCCUGCCUGUGGCAGACUAUAAGCUGUUCCUGGCCUGUGCAGAGGAGUGCUGUGUGCGACACAACGUGCAGCCGGUGCAGGUCUUCCUGGAGAAGAUGAUUCAGACCUACGAGAUGAUGAUCGUUCGGCAUGGGUUCAUGCUGGUGGGAGAGCCGUUUGCUGGAAAGACCAAAGUGCUGCACGUUCUGGCGGACACUCUGACCCUGAUGAACGAGAGGGGGUACAACGAGGAGGAGAGAGUGCAGUACAGCACCGUUAACCCCAAGUCCAUCACCAUGGGCCAGCUCUUCGGCCAGUUCGACCCAGUGUCCCACGAGUGGACUGACGGCAUCGUGGCCAACAUGUUUCGGGAGUUUGCAUCCUCCGAGACGCCGGACCGCAAGUGGGUGGUAUUCGACGGUCCCAUCGACACACUGUGGAUCGAGAGCAUGAACACAGUGCUGGACGACAACAAAAAGCUGUGUCUGAUGAGCGGGGAGAUCAUCCAGAUGUCCAAUCAGAUGAGCCUCAUCUUUGAAGCCAUGGAUCUGUCCCAAGCUUCUCCUGCAACAGUCAGCCGCUGUGGGAUGAUCUACAUGGAGCCGUCUCAGCUGGGCUGGGAGCCCAUCCUAACGUCCUGGCUCAGCACCCUGCCCGAGCUGCUGCAGGCGCCCGAAAACUCCGCCCUGCUCACUGAGCUCUUCCAUUGGCUGCUGACCCCGUCACUCAGGAUGCUGCGCAAGAGCUGUCGGGAGGUGGUCUCCACGAGCAACAGCAACGUGAUGGUGUCCCUGACGCGCCUCUUCCAGAUGCUGCUGGCCGAGCCUCUGCAGCAGAGCUCUGCAAGCAAGAACAUCCGCAGCUGGAUUAUGGGGGCGUUUGCCUUCUCGCUGGUGUGGUCGGUGGGUGGCAGCUGUGACAGGGACAGCAGGGAGAGGUUUGACGAGUUCCUGAGGGAAAUCCUCUUGGGGACGAUGGAAGAGCACCCGAUUCCUGAAGAGGUGGGAAAGUGGGAGUGCAACUUUGACGAGAAGGGUCUGGUGUACGACUACUCCUUCGAGUUCAAAGGUCGAGGUCGCUGGGUCCCAUGGAACGAUGCGAUCAAGAACAUCAACCUGGGUGACAAGAACACCAAAGUGCAGGACAUCAUCGUCCCCACUAUAGACACAGUGCGCUACACCUACCUGAUGGACCUCUGCAUUGAGUAUGGAACGCCGCUGCUCUUUGUGGGCCCGACCGGUACAGGCAAGUCUGUGUACGUGAAGGAGAAACUCAUGAACAACUUGGACAAGGACCGCUACCUGCCCUUCUUCAUCAACUUCUCCGCCCGCACCAGCGCCAACCAGAGCCAGAAUAUUAUCAUGUCUCGGUUGGAUAAGAGGCGGAAGGGUGUGUUUGGUCCUCCCAUGGGGAAGCAGUGUGUGAUUUUUGUGGAUGAUAUGAACAUGCCGGCGUUGGAGCAGUUUGGAGCCCAGCCUCCCGUGGAGCUGCUGAGGCAGUACUUCGACCACGGGAACUGGUACGACCUGAAGGACACCACUAAGAUCACGCUAGUGGACCUGCAGCUGAUCUCGGCGAUGGGGCCCCCUGGUGGCGGGAGGAACGCGGUGACCCCACGUUUCCUGCGACAUUUCAACAUCUGCAGCAUCAACACCUUCAGCGACAGCACCAUGGUGCACAUCUUCUCCAACAUCGUCAGCUUCUACCUGCGCAACAACCAGUUCCCACCUGAGUACUUCACCAUUGGCAACCAGAUAGUGGUGGCAACGAUGGACGUGUACAAGCAAGCUAUGGAGAACCUGCUGCCCACGCCAGCCAAGUCGCACUACACCUUCAACCUGCGGGACUUCUCCCGCGUCAUCCAGGGCUGUCUGCUGCUGAAGAGAGAGUCUCUGGAGAGCAAGCACACCAUGAUCCACCUGUUUGUGCACGAGGUCUUCCGUGUCUUCUACGACCGGCUGGUCGACGACAAAGACCACGAGUGGCUCUACCAGCUCAUGAACAGCAUUGUGAAAGAGCACUUCAAGGAGAACUUCGACACUGUGUUUGGAUACCUGAAACAAGACAACAGGCCUCUCUGUGAAGAGGACUUGAGGAACCUGCUUUUUGGCGACUACAUGAACCCCGACCUGGAGGAUGAUGAGAGGCUGUACUCUGAGGUUCCCUCCAUGGACAGCUUCGGCCAGGUGGUGGAGUUCUGUCUGGACGAGUAUAACCAGACCAACAAGAACCGCAUGAACCUGGUCAUCUUCCGGUACGUCCUGGAGCACCUGUCCCGGAUCUGCCGGGUGCUGAAGCAGCCCGCGGGGAACGCCCUGCUGGUGGGGGUGGGCGGCAGCGGGCGGCAGUCUCUCACACGCCUCGCCACCUCCAUGGCCAAGAUGACCCUGUACCAGCCAGAGAUCUCCAAGAGCUACGGCAUGAACGAAUGGAGAGAGGACCUCAAGCGCCUGCUAAAGAGCGCAGGUAUGAAGGGGGAGAAGAUGGUGUUCCUGCUCACUGAUGCACAGAUUAAGGAGGAGGCAUUCCUGGAGGAUGUGGACAGCCUGCUGAACACAGGCGAAGUGCCCAACAUCUUCGCUGUGGACGAGAAGCAGGAGAUCAUGGAGGCUGUGCGCCCCAUCGCCCAGGCGGGGAAUAAAGACGUGGAGUUGAGCCCGCUGUCUCUCUUCGCCUUCUUCGUGACGCGCUGCAGGGAGAACCUGCACAUCGUGGUGGCCUUCAGCCCCAUCGGAGACGCCUUCCGAAACCGCCUGCGCCAAUUCCCCUCCCUCAUCAACUGCUGCACCAUCGACUGGUUCCAGCCCUGGCCAGAGGAGGCACUGGAGCGAGUGGCCAACAAGUUCCUGGAGACUCUGGAGCUGAGUGACCACGAGCGGCAGGAGGUGGUGCCCAUCUGCAAGACCUUCCACACCUCGGCCAUUGAGCUCUCCCACAAGUUCCUGUCUGAACUGGGUCGCCAUAACUACGUGACACCCACGUCAUACCUGGAGCUCAUUGCUGCUUUCCGCCAGCUCCUCACCCAAAAGCGCGAUGCGGUGAUGAAGGCGAAGAAGAGAUACACCAAUGGCCUGGACAAGCUGGCCUUCGCCGAGUCCCAGGUGGGAGAGAUGAAGACAGAGCUGGUGGACCUGCAGCCCAAGCUGGAGCUGGCCAAGGUGGAGAACACCAACAUGAUGAAGGUGAUAGAGGUGGAGUCGGUGCAGGUGGAGGCUAAGAGUAAGCUGGUGCGGGUGGAUGAGGAGGCGGCCACGCUGAAGGCCAACGAGGCACAGGCUCUGAAGGACGAGUGUGAGAGCGACCUCGCCGAGGCCAUCCCAGCCUUAGAGGCCGCCCUGUCCGCCCUCAACACGCUCAAGCCCUCUGAUGUGACCAUAGUGAAGUCCAUGAAGAACCCUCCCUCAGGGGUGAAGCUGGUGAUGGCAGCCGUCUGUGUGAUGAAGGAGAUUAAACCCGAGAAGAUCGCCGAUCCGGCAGGAACCGGUCAGAAGAUUCUUGACUACUGGGGUCCAAGCAAGAAGCUACUGGGGGACAUGAACUUCCUGAGGGACUUGAAGGAGUACGACAAGGACAACAUCCCCGUGCCGGUGAUGACUAAGAUCCGCAGUGAGUACAUGACGAACCCGGACUUUGACCCCUCCAAAGUGGCCAAGGCCUCGUCUGCAGCCGAGGGCCUGUGUAAAUGGAUCACAGCCAUGGAGGUGUACGACAGAGUGGCCAAGGUGGUCGCUCCGAAGAAGGCGAACCUGCUGGAGGCCCAGGAGUCACUGGCCACCACCAUGGCCCUGCUGAACGAGAAGAGGGCGGAGCUGAAGGAGGUGGAGGACCGGCUGGCUGCCCUGCAGCGCACCUUCGAGGAGAAGACGGAGGAGAAGGCGCAGCUGGAGCUGCAGGUGGAGCUGUGCGCCAAUAAGCUGGAGAGGGCCGAGAAGCUGAUUGGAGGCCUGGGAGGAGAAAAGACCAGGUGGUCCAAGGCUGCGGACGACCUGCAGAACACCUAUGAUAACCUGACGGGUGACGUGCUGAUCUCUGCUGGAGUGAUCGCCUACCUGGGAGCGUUCACCUCCGCCUUCCGCCAGGACUGCUCCAGGGCGUGGACCAAGCUCUGCAAGUCCAGAGACAUCCCUUCCUCGGACGACUUCUCUCUGAGUAAAACCCUGGGUGACCCCAUUAAGAUCCGCGCCUGGAACAUCGCAGGGCUCCCCACCGACAGCUUCUCCAUCGACAACGGCGUCAUCGUGAGCAACUCGCGCAGAUGGCCUCUGAUGAUUGACCCACAGGGUCAGGCGAAUAAGUGGGUGAAGAACUCAGAGAAGGACAACAACCUGAGUGUGAUCAAGCUGACGGACAGCGACUACAUGCGGACCCUGGAGAACUGCAUACAGUUCGGAACCCCUCUGCUGCUGGAGAACGUAGGCGAGGAGCUGGACCCAUCUCUGGAGCCUCUGUUGCUCAAACAGACCUUCAAACAGGGAGGCAUGGACUGUAUUCGUCUGGGGGAGAGUGUGAUCGAGUACUCGUUCGAUUUCCGCUUCUACAUCACCACCAAGCUGAGGAACCCGCACUACCUGCCCGAGCUGGCCACCAAGGUGUCCCUGCUUAACUUCAUGAUCACCCCUGAGGGGCUGGAGGACCAGCUGCUGGGCAUCGUGGUCGCCAAGGAGAGACCAGAGCUGGAGGAGGAGAGAAACGCCCUCAUCCUGCAGUCCGCUGCCAACAAGAAGCAGCUGAAGGAGAUCGAGGACAAGAUCCUGGAGACGCUGCAAUCCUCUGAGGGCAACAUCCUGGAGGACGAGAGCGCCAUCCAGAUCCUCGACUCCGCCAAGAUCAUGUCCAACGAGAUCAGCAAGAAGCAGCAGAUUGCUGAAAAGACGGAGAUAAAGAUAGCCGAAUCGAGAGAGGGCUACAGGGCCAUCGCCAAGCACUCCUCCAUCCUGUUCUUCAGCAUCGCUGACCUGGCCAACAUCGACCCCAUGUACCAGUACUCCCUCAGCUGGUUCGUCAAUCUCUACAUCAGCUCCAUCCAGGAGAGGGGGAAGUCCAAGGUGUUGGAGAAGAGGCUGAGGUUCCUGAUAGACCACUUCACCUACAACCUGUACUGCAACGUGUGCCGCUCGCUGUUUGAGAAGGACAAACUCCUCUUCUCCUUCCUGCUGUGCUCCAACCUUCUCCUGGCGAGAGGGGAGAUCGAGUAUUCGGAGUUCAUGUUCCUCCUGACCGGCGGCGUGGGUCUGCAGAACAAUGUUCCCAACCCCGACCCCAGCUGGCUACAGGACAAGAGCUGGGACGAGAUCUGCAGAGCCAGCGACCUGCCCGGGCUGCAGGGACUGAGAGAGUAUUUCAGCCAGAAUCCAGAUGGUUUCCACCUGAUCUAUGACAGUAAAGAGCCGUAUAACGUGCGUCUGCCAGGCCACUGGGCCGACAAACUCAACGAUCUUCAGAAGAUGAUUGUCUUCCGCUGCCUCAGACCUGACAAGAUUGUUCCAGCGAUCACUAAUUACGUGACGGAGAACCUGGGGAAGAUCUUUGUGGAGCCGCCGCCGUUUGACCUGGCUAAGAGCUACAUGGACUCCAACUGCACCGUCCCCCUGGUGUUCGUGCUGUCCCCAGGAGCUGACCCCAUGGCCAGCCUGCUGAAGUUUGCCAACGACAGGGACAUGGGCGGGGCUCAGUUCCAGUCCAUCUCGCUGGGGCAGGGCCAGGGUCCCAUCGCCGCGCGAAUGAUCCGCUCCGCCAUGAAGGAGGGUACCUGGGUGUGUCUGCAGAACUGCCACCUGGCCGUGUCCUGGAUGUCCACGCUGGAGAAGAUCUGCGAAGACCUGAGUCCAGAGACCUGCCACUCCGACUUCCGCCUCUGGCUCACCAGCUACCCCUCCCCCAAGUUCCCAGUGACCAUCCUGCAGAACGGUGUGAAGAUGACCAACGAGCCGCCCACCGGCCUGAGGCUCAACCUGCUGCAGUCCUACCUGUCUGACCCAGUCUCCGACCCCGGCUUCUUCAGCGGCUGCGCUGACAAACAGCAGAUUUGGGAGAAGCUGUUGUACGGGGUCUGCUUCUUCCACGCACUUGUGCAGGAGAGGAAGAAGUUCGGUCCCCUGGGCUGGAACAUUCCAUACGGCUUCAACGAGUCCGAUCUCCGCAUCAGCAUCAGACAGCUGCAGCUGUUCAUCAAUGAGUACGAGCAGGUGCCGUUCGAGGCCAUCACGUACCUGACGGGGGAGUGUAAUUACGGCGGCCGGGUGACAGACGACUGGGACCGCCGCCUGCUGCUCACCAUCCUGGCCGACUUCUACAACAACGAGAUCAUCGAGAACCCCCGGUACAUGUUCUCGCCCAGCGGCAAGUACUACGCACCCCCCAAGUCCACCUACGAGGACUACGUGCUCUUCAUCAAGAACCUUCCUUUCAGCCAGCACCCAGAGGUGUUUGGCAUGCAUGAGAACGUGGACAUAUCCAAGGACCUGCAGCAGACCAAGCUGCUGUUUGAUUCGCUGCUCCUGACCCAGGGAGGCGGGUCCAAGGGCGGAGCCAGCACUGGCGGGGACAGCACCCUGUUUGACAUUGCCCACGACAUCCUCAGCAAGCUCCCGGACAGCUUCGAUGUGGAGGCGGCCCUGACGAAGUUCCCGGUGCAGUAUGAGGAGAGCAUGAACACGGUGCUGGUGCAGGAGAUGGAGAGAUACAACACGCUAGGAAACACCAUCCGGCUCAGCCUGCAGAGUCUGCAGAAGGCCAUCCGGGGCCUGGUGGUGAUGGACGCGGAACUGGAGGCCCUGUCCGGCAGCCUGCUCGUGGGGAAGGUUCCGGAGAAAUGGGCCAAAUUCUCCUACCCCAGCCUCAAGCCCCUGGGCAGCUACAUCACCGACUUCCUCGCCAGACUCAAGUUCUUACAGGACUGGUUUGACAGCACCAAGCCCCAUGUAUUCUGGCUGUCAGGGUUCUUCUUUACCCAAGCCUUCCUGACGGGGGCACUGCAGAAUUACGCCAGGAAGUACUCCAUCCCCAUCGACCUCCUGGGCUUCCAGUUUCAGGUCCUGCCCAUUGAGACCUCCGACUCCUCCCCUGAGGACGGGGUGUACAUCCACGGGCUGUUCCUGGACGGAGCGCGCUGGGAUAAGAAGGCUGGAGUUUUGGCUGAGCAGAUGCCCAAGGUCCUGUUCAACUCUGUACCCAUCAUCUGGAUAAAGCCAUCGGAGAAGAGCUCCAUAGUGCCGUCUAAGAGUCUGUACGUCUGUCCGCUGUACAAGACGAGUGAGCGCAAAGGCACCCUGUCCACCACCGGCCACUCCACCAACUACGUCAUCACCAUGACCCUGCCCACCCGCAAGCGGCCACAGCACUGGAUCAAGAGAGGCGUGGCGCUGCUGUGUCAGCUGGACGACUGAUCCAGGACCUGCUCACCUGCACUUUACCAAGCCUUCCUCUGUCUGAGUGAGGGCUGGACCACUGAUCCAGGACCUGCUUAUCCAGCACUUUACAAACACCAAAAAGACUACAGAUUUACCUAUUCGAAAAGCCGUGACAUAUGCUAUGCUAAAAGGAAC